AUGUCUUCGGAAGACUUGGAAAAAAAAGAGAAAAAGGUAUUUGUGGAGGCAGAUGCCGGCGAUGGAACACAUAGAGAAGACCAUCAUCUUCAUGGAACCCAACUUAUGAUGUGUAUUUUUUCUGUUUUCUUGUGCUUGUUCUUGUAUGCCUUGGAUCAGACCAUUGUCGCCACCCUUUUGACCACAGUGGGUAACAAAUUCGACGGUUUUGAUCGUAUUGGAUGGUUAUCGUCAGGAUUCUUGUUAUCGACCGCCGUGUUGGUUCCUUCUUGGGGAAAAGUGGCAAUGGUUUUCGGACGGAAAAUUACAAUGUAUGCUGCGAUUGUGAUCUUUGAGGCUGGUUCGUUGAUGUGUGCUCUUUCUAACAAUAUGAAUACCUUGAUUGGAGGUAGAGUGUUGGCAGGUGUGGGAGGAGGCGGUAUUCAAUCGCUUGCUUUUAUCAUUAUUUCUGAAGUUGUUCCCAUUGAAAAAAGACCUCUUUCUAUGGCGGUCAUGGGGUGCACUUUUGCUGUGGCUAGUGUCUUGGGUCCACUUAUCGGUGGUGCUUUCACUGACAAUGUUACAUGGAGAUGGUGUUUCUACAUCAACUUGCCCAUUGGUGCUGUUGCUGCAUUUGUGCUCUUUUUUUCGUUUAAACCACCAAAAACCAAAGGAAACAUCAGGGAAAAACUCAAGAUGAUUGACUACUUGGGUACAUUUCUCUUCACUUCAGGUUUGGUGGUUUUUCUCCUCGCCAUCACUUUCGGUUCUGGCAAUGAUUUUGCCUGGGACUCGGCAGCCGUCAUCGUUUGCUUCAUUUUGGGUACACUCGUUCUUAUCGGUUGGUGCGUCUAUAACUUUGGAUUCUCCAAGAACCCUCUUCUUCCAUGGGAAGUAGUGAGAAUCAUUCAGGUUAGUGCAGCGUCUCUUACACUUUUCUGUGCAUUUGGUUCGUUUAUGAGUGGUAUUAUUUACGUUUCCAUCUACUUCCAAGUGAUCCACGGCGCCAACGCAUGGCAUUCGGGUGUGGAUUUGUUGCCCUUUAUCAUUGCCGUGGUUAUCAGCUCCAUUAUGCUGGGAAUCAUCAUUGCCAAAUCGAGAUUUGUGAAGCCAUUUACCGUUAUUGCCGGUGCUCUUGGUCCUUUGGGCUACGGAUUGGUUUCUCUUUUGGAAGUCGACUCUAGCAGCUCGAGUAAAAUUGGACUUUUGAUUGUUCCCGGUGUUUCUACCGGUAUGCAAAUGCAAGCUUCGAUGAUUGCCCUGCAAGUUGCGGCACCAAAGACCCCAGGAGGAAUGAUUUAUGCUACAACUUAUAUCAAUGUUGCUCGUGCUACUGGAGGAGCCCUUGCUUCUGCUUUGUCUACUGCCGUAUACUCUUCGGCACUCAAAGAUGCGCUUCUGAGUCAUUUGAAAAUAGCUUCACAAGACAUUCAACGUCAAUUGUCUCUGGUACCAAUUGACACUCUUGUCAACUCCACAGAACUCAUCAAGACCCUUUCGCCUGAAGCUCAAAAAUUUGUGAAGGACCAAGUCAUGUGGGCCAUCAAAAGAGUAUUUUACAUGGCUCUUGGUUUUGCCGGGUUGGGUUUCAUUUCAUCUUUGUUUGCUACCAACCAUAGAUUACCCAAGCAAAGUGUGGGAGCCGCUGCUGCCAGCUCGGAACCCAAAGAAGAACUGAAGGAAGAAUCCAAGGAAGAACGCUUGGAAACCGAUAAUGAUUCUUCGGUGACUCCAGUGGAUGGCGCCAAUGAAGAAAAGAUCAGCAGAUCGUCCGUUGAAGUCAAGAAUUGA